GGUGACGUGCGAGAGUUCACGACAACCCCUUGCCGGUGGAGACGAUGGUCGCCCUCUGGCGCGAGGUCGAGACGGGCGCGCGGUACACGCAGACGACGGCGAUGGACAAGUAUCCAAAAUUGAACACGAAGUCGUUCAAGGGCCUGUCGAGCGAGAUCGCCAAGAAGCCGCAGACCGGCAAUCAAGGCGCCCGCGAUGUCAAGACCUACCUCGCCGCCGACGUCGACGCGCUCGUCGCGCGGCACGCCGCGCCGGAGCCCGAAACGGUCGACCCGCGCUGGCGCGAGGUCGAGACGGGCGCGCGGUAUACCGCGACGACGGCCAUGAAGCGCUACCCGCAGCUCAACUGGCACUGCUUCGCGGACCUCCCCUUCGAGAUCGCGCGGCAACCGAAGAUCAGCAAAUCCCAGCCGCGCGACGUCAAGACCUACCUCGCCGCCGACAUCGACGCGCUCGUCGCGCGCCUCGCCGCGGCGGAGCCCGAACCGGUCCACCCGCUCUGGCUCGAGGUGGAAGCCGGCCGUCGCUACGACCGGAAGACGGCCAUGAAGCGCUACCCGCAGCUGACGGAUUAUUUCUUCCGGGACCUCCCCUUCGAGAUCGCGCGGCGGCCGACGAUCGGCAAAGCCACCGCAUGCGACAUCAAGACCUACGCCGCCGCCGACGUCGAGGCGCUCGCCGCGGCGCGAGCCAACAAGCGCGCGCGCGUCCAGGAGCCCGAGCCGCCCCAGGAGCCCGAGCCCGAGGAGGAGGAGCCCGAGGAGUGCCCCGUCUGCCUCGACCCGAUGACGGGCGCCACCGCGACGCUCGUCUGCGGCCACCUCUUCCACAAGGACUGCAUCACGGACUGGGCGAGCAGCCAGACGCUGUGCCCCAUGUGCCGCGAGACGCUCCAGUUCGCCCCGUGACUACAGACUCUUGCGCCC